AAAAGAGGAAAGCAAUUUUGACCGAUCAACUUGAAUAUUAUAUAAGCAAAUAUUCUGUAAUAAAAUUAUAGAGUUCUCAAUCUCUCUUUUUCAUCGCUUAUUUAAAAUGUCAAUUAUUGAAAUAGAAGGGAAUGUGAUAGACGAGAAAGGACCAAAAGAAGAUACAAUUUCCAUCACAUCAGAAAAAGAACUGAAGGAACCACCUGAUGGAGGAAGAGCUUGGCUUGUUCUUGUAGGCUGCUUUUGCGGUCUAUUUUGCACACAAGGAUACAAUUACGUAUGGGGAAUAUUUUUAAAUCAUUAUAAUCAGCAUGUAUUCAAGGACCAAAUGACAGCACUCUCAUGGAUAGGUUCGUUAUGGUUAGCAUUAGCCAAUAUCGUAGGACCCUUUUACGGCUGGUUUUCCGUAAAGGUCGGAUACAAGUGGAUGCUGAUCAUUGCUCUCUUUCUAUGCACCCUAUCCAUGAUGCUCUCGAGUAUAGCAACUCAAAUUUGGCACUUGUACAUCACACAAGGUGUCUUGUCGGGGAUCGGUGCCUCUCUUGUCUGGUUUCCAUGCAUCAGUGCUGCUCAACAAUGGUUUUCCAAACGUAGAGGCUUUAGUGUUGGCAUUGCCAUAUCAGGAUCAGGAUUUGGUGGACUGAUUCUGUCCAAUAUUGUGCAGGCAGCUAUAGAUCAUGUAGGAUAUCAAUGGGCACUUCGUAUCAUCGGAUUCAUUUCGUUUGUCUGUCUUGGUAUCGCAUCAUGUACCGUUCGACCUUUGAAUGAGCCUUCGAAACGAGAGAAUGCAAAAUUGACGAUAUUUGAUAUGCGCCCGUUUCGAAAUAAGCAGUUUGUCCUGUUGUUCUGUAUUCAAUUCGUUGGUAAUUUCGCAUUCAAUGUUCCAUCAAGCUUCUUACCAGCAUAUGCCAAUUAUCUCGGUUUGGAUCCAUGGAUUGGUAGUAAUAUGUCUGCCAUUAUCUCAGGUGUCAUGAUUGUCGGUAAAAUAUCCAGCGGAUUCAUUAGUGACUUUGUAGGAAGAGCCAAUAUGACGUUCUUUGUGACCACAAUGACGGGAGUGAUGUGUCUUGCUGUCUGGCUGCCUGCAAAGAAUGCAGCGACGAUCUGGGCAUUUGCUGCCAUGUUUGGAUAUUUUGGUGGAGGCCACCUCACGAUGGUGCCUGCUCUGUUAGGUCAGAUAGUAGGUAUGGAUGAUAUUGAAGCAGCGAAUGGGAUGCUCUUCUUUGCUUGGUUUUUUGGCGGUCUAUUUGGAUCACCCAUUUGUUCAACGCUUAUUAAUGAUGGAAGUGAUCACCCUACCUAUUCGCAUGCCAUUAUCUUUAGUGGUGUCCUCAUGAUCUUUGCUGGUCUCCUAGCUUGGACCAUCCGUGUGAUGAGAGCAGGAUGGAAUCCGGUUGUAAAAGUGUAGGACUGUUAUGCAGUUUAAAGGUCAAUGAUAUAAACAUUAUAGAAUUAUUAAAACAUAUAUGCAUUAAUAAACAAUAGCUAACCAAACAAUUUCAUGUUUUCUUGAAAGGGGAGACAUAAAAUGACAAAACAUCGGCGUACGAACAUCGUCUUUGU